UUUUAAGCUUAUCAAAAUCUCAAGCCGUUAUCACUUUCUGAUCCAACAAUAUGUAGAAAGAGUGUUUACGGAUUUAUACUAUCUUUCCGGUCCCAAUAAAACUUGAACUUUAUCAGUAACCCAGAGGACCCGCGAGUCUUAGAGCGUUCGCCUUAUAGGCCCUAUGAUUAGUCCGUUUCGUGGCAACUGCCGAUUAAUCUAAGUACUCGACUGAUGGUCCUUGUGCGAGUUACUUUUUGGGCAGAAACGAAGUGCCGUCUGUGACCGAGCAGGUGGACUUGCGAGUCAUGCUGUAAUCGCAUUUCAAGUACAGUGAGAACUGGGCAAAAGCUGUCUGCAAGGGAUUUACGAUGUCGUGGUUGGUUCGCCAGUCAUUCGGAACCAUUACAAUUGGAAUGUUUGUUAGACUAUAUACAACUCUUAUCUGGAAUACUGCGUACAAGCUUGUCCUCCCCGCUUAAUUCUGCACAGGAUGGCAGUGGAGCGGGUCCUGAGGGUUCUUGCUAAGAUAGUGCAUAGGCUAAUACGUAUAUCCUAUCCCGAGAGACUGCUUAGAUUAGGCAUUUCUUGCCGCACUAUAGACGGCAUAGGGUAGACCUUAUCCUCACCUCUCGCGUUUCAACAAUUCAACUUUUCCCGGAUUUAUAUUGUCUUUUCACCUAGUGAGAUUACAAGCCCUUCAUGGUCAUCCAAGGAAGCUACACAACUGUCGAUCUGAUCGAGUUUGGGCUAACAGUCGGUUGCCGCUUAGGGUAAUUGCUGGUUGGAGUGCCCUGCUCUAAAACAUUUUGUUGGCACUCACGGUAAGUGUUCGAGCACCGGUUGGAUGCUCUUGGUUUGCAGCUACAAACGUCCUUCAUGUUUUAGCCUUUAUUACAAAUUUCCUGCGGAUUGUAUCCUUUGCGGUUUUCAAUGCUUAGAUUAUGUCAUUUGAUAUUUUUCCUUCAUUUUCCUUUUGCCUCCUACUAUUACAUUUUGUUUCUAGUUCACCUAACUGGUACAGUGGGAACCAAUACUGCAGGACCUGUGGACGUUGUUCGGUUGCUCCUUAUGUACUGUGCACAGCUUAGCAGUAUUCUUAGCGCCCGUUUGCGAAUGAUUGCGGUCACGUGGCAGCAAAGCGCCGAUUCGGCGCAUCGAUGGGGUGUUGAUGCUUUCCACUAUAUUUUCAGUCCAAAGCUUCUUUUUUAGAGGUGGUCGGUAGCGAUACCACGGAUGAUGGUGCUUGGGAACCCUAUUCGAAUAUACAUACGAUAGCUAAUGUCAUGAGCAAAUGCUUUCAACGAAAUCAGACGUAGUCUUCAAGUCGAAGGAGACCACUGCGAUAAGAUGCUUGUAUGAUGACCUUAAAGAACGAUCAAGAGUAAAAUGUGAUCCAAAACAAUCCUUUCCAUGGUGCAAGCCAAUGUACCUUUAAUUCGUCCUUUACCAUAGUCAUUUCAGCUUCGCCGAAUGAUGUAGGUGACUAAUUUGCAAGUGUUUGGAAUCAGACUGAUACCGCGAAGAUUUUCACUAGACUUCCCUUAGUCGGGAUGUCGGCGGACAACCGCCGAUCAGAAAGCACUUCUUCUCUUCACCGAAAGUGUCAGAUGGUGGUAGUUACCAAUGUUUCACUGCUGUCCUUCUGCAACGAUGGUGGUACGUCACCUGCGCCAUGCGCUUUGUUUGCUUCAUCAGCGUUAUGUCGGAUUUCGCUGGCGGUGGAACUUCUUACGUCACUUCCCCAAAUGGGUUCAUGUGAGCCAACUGGGAAUUCUGCUUCUCGGAGCCGACAUCAUUGCUGAGGAGGUAAAUAGAAGACAAAUCGGCUUUUGCUCUUUCACCAACUGUUUCCGUCUCGUGGAUCUUUCUAGGACCUGUGCAUCGAAUAAGUUAGUUGAGUACUUGGAUAAUACGUGACGUCCAGUGAUCGAUUCAAAACUUGAUUGUCCUGUUCAUGGUAUCAGCAGUACGCCGAUACCGCGUACCGGCGCUUCGCUACCGCUCAACCACCAACAGUCGCGCAUGGGCUAAGGAUACUGCGUGGGUCGCUUCGUCCUUUUCGCAGGCUCGAUCACGCGCUUUCGGAUUACAAGGCAAGCUUGUGAUCCUUUAGGCUACAUGUCGGCUGUUCAUGCAAACGUACUUAGAUUGUGUCGGCCUAUUUCUGAGCCUGUUUCUUGCGAUAAAAUGCGGCCACUUACACCCACCCGUUUUGGUGGCCACGCCGCAAUAAAUGCUACUCAGGCGGAUUCAUUCCCACACACUUGUUUUAUAAACAUUUACUAUCACUCAUCUACAGUUCCUAUUCAGCAUGGCUCUGGAUCACCGGGUAUGUGACGCACGGACCCAGUUCCUCAUUGAGGUGGCGUAAUGGCAAUUUCCAAACUCGUUCGUCGUCUUUUCGUCCGCAGGUCCUGCAUGUCUCUUGGUGUGCACGCACAUUUCACAACGACUCAUCAGUUCGACGACUCAGCGAAACUACCUAGGCGAUUCUUACUACACACUAUCUUCGUUCCAUAUCUUACUAUCCGACCCGCACAUAUGGAUUGCAAAAAAUCGGACGAAGAAUGGAAGCAAAUCCUAGAUCCAUUGCAGUACCGAGUAACGAGAGAAAAGGCAACAGAAGAGCCAUUUACUGGUUCUCUUUAUCGUAACGCGGAUUCUGGGGACUACCUCUGUGUUUGCUGUAAAGCAAAAUUAUUCGAUUCUUCUACCAAGUACGACAGUGGUUGCGGUUGGCCUUCUUUUUACGAGGCCGCCGGCGCCAGUGGAAGGGACGAUUCUAGCAGCAACCUCAUUCGUGAAGAGGACAAUUCACUCGGAAUGAAACGAACUGAAGUCUUGUGCAAGCAGUUUUCGCACCGUCCCCGCAGAAACACAAGUGCGAAAUCUUCCGAACCGCACAGGAACAUUUGUGAUCUCAAACGAAGGCCAACUACGGGAUCCAUACGGUUAGCCAUCAACUGCAGUUGUCGACCUCUAAACGAACUAGAUACCGGACACUUAGUGUCCCUAUCGCUCAGGUGCUUUGUUUACCGAACGAACGGUCUAGCCGCUUAAAAUCACCAUGGCAGUCCUGGACGCACCGAACGAGUCGAUCUUAAAAAUCCGGCCGAUUCAGCGCGGAAGUGACACGCAG